AUGUUGAGCAAGUUCCUGGGGCUGCGCUACAAGGAGCUGGUGAAGUACUGGCUUCCCACAGCAGGCACAUGGAGUGCUGUUGGUGCUGUGGGGCUAGCUUGGGCCACUGACUGGCAUCUGAUUCUGGUAUGGGUGCCAUACAUCAAUGGCAAAUUUAAAAAGGACAGUUAA